GGAUCUGGAUCGAAUAUAUUGAUCAAUCAAAGACAACGACAAAACCCGAUGAUUUCAUUGAUAAAGAAUGUUCCAUGGGAAUAUAGCGAUAUCGUUGCAGAUUUUCAAGUUGGCUUAACGUCUUGCGUUUUAUUCUUAAGCAUACGUUAUCAUCGCUUACAUCCCGAAUACAUUCAUCAACGUAUAGAAAAGUUGGGUAAAAUGUACACAUUGAGAAUCUUGAUGAUUUCAUGUGAUGUUGAUCAACCUGAUUCGGCCAUAAAAGAAUUAACAAAGUUGGCGCUGGUAAAAGAUUUAACGGUAAUGGUUGGAUGGUCAAAUGAAGAAUUGGCAAGAUAUUUGGAAUUAUACAAGAAAUACGAAAAUAAAUCACCUGAUUUGAUUAGAGAACGUAUAAAUGAUGAUUUUUUAAGUCAUUAUUCGGCUGCUUUACGUAGCAUUCGUGGAGUAAACAAAACAGACGUUCAUACGCUUGCAACACACGUUGGACCAUUUUCCGCAAUCGCAAACGUUUCUUCCGAACAAUUGGAUCGUUGUCCUGGGUUUGGUGAAAUAAAGAUUGCAAAUAUAAUUGAUGCUUUUCAUCAACCUUUUCGA